AUGCGUGCUUAUCUUCUAGUUUAUGUACAUGAUAUACUUCUAAUGGGUAAUAACUCAGACAUGGUGGAUAGUGUCCUCUCUAAACUAGCCACCGUGUUCAAGAUUCGUGAUCUUGGCAGGCUUCGCUUCUUCCUCGGCAUUGAGGCUAUACACACUAAUAAUAAUAUGAUUUUGUCUCAGCACCGAUACAUGACAGAACUACUUCGCAAAGCAGGCAUGGAGUCGUGCAAUCCCUUAUCUACCCCGAUGGCCACCACUGUUGUUAUGACCGAUGGUGGUUCGGCUGUACUGGAUGAUCUAACCCCUUACCGCCAGCUAAUUGGCUCACUGAUGUAUUUGUUGAUUACUCGUCCAAAUUUGUCGUAUGCAGUGAAUCAGAUGUGUCAUUUUAUGCACAACCCCACCCAAAACCAUUGGGCGGCGCUCAAACGUGUUCUACGCUACAUGAAGGGGACCUUGCACCUGGGGAUUCGUUUUACACCCGCGUCGACCCCAGUAAUACAUGCUAUUUCCGACUCUAACUAG